CCCCACAUGAAUAAAUCAACAGUAGGCCUUACAUUUAUAAAACCUUGAAUCUCCACAACUCACCCCUAAGAAUGAACUCAAACAUGGAGCUCCUGAACAAUAUGUCUGUGGAGAAUUUCAGCUCAAAUUUUCUGGGUCUCCUGGCUACAUCCAGUGACAACUUUUCUCAUCACUAUGAAAGGGCACCACAGCUUCAAAUACCGACAACUAUCGAUAAUAUUCAGAGCUCUUUUUAUCCAUAUCAUGCUCAAGUUUACGAUCCAUCUGCUAAUUUCUUGUCAACAAUUGACAAUAUCCCUGUAUCUCAAGAAGAAAGCAUCGUGAACUCGACGCCUUUGAUUUACGAUACUGGCAACUUAACUGGUGAUGGCAAGGCUAGUAGAAAUUGUAAUCAUGGCGGGAGGAAGAGAAAGAGAAACAAUGAGCGAGAAGUGGAGAAACCGGGAGAAGUUGUUCAUGUGAGAGCAAGGAGAGGCCAAGCUACUGAUAGUCACAGCUUGGCCGAAAGGUUAAGAAGGGAGAAAAUAAAUGAAAAAUUGAGGUCUCUGCAAGAUCUGGUUCCAGGCUGCUAUAAGACUAUGGGAAUGGCAGUGAUGUUGGAUGUAAUUAUAAAUUAUGUUAGAUCACUACAAAAUCAAAUUGAGUUUCUGUCUAUGAAGCUUUCAGCAGCAAGUUUGUUUUACGACUUCAACUCAUCAGAAAUGGAUGCUUUGGAAACAAUGCAGGGGACAAACGGGCAUGUCGAAUCACAAGUGAUGGAGAGGAUGGUGGGAGAUGAUGGGUAUGGAGGCUUUCCUCAGUUUCAGUCAUGGCCUCUUUAAGCUACUGCUUUAGGUUGUAAUGUCUUCAGUACGUAGCCUUAAAUGCUACACAUCAUAUCUUACAUGAAAUGUAUUACAUGUACUUCAAUAAUUAUAUGUAACUUUAUAUCGAUACUUGCUCAUCUCAAAGUUGUUUACAUACCAGUGUACUGUAUGGCUUUUGCUAUAUAGCCAAAUGUUGGUUUUUAAU